AUGGAUGUCUCAAUGCCGCAAUCACAACAGAAGCACUCGAAAAGCAUGCGAAAGUUAGUUGUUUGGAAAGGAGAUAUUGAAGAAUACAAAGAAAUAUUUGACAUGAUUAAUCAACAAAAAGAGAAGCGAAAAGUAGAAGUCGUUCCCUACGAAAACCUGGACGAGCUGGGCUCUGAUUGGAGUGAAUACACAUUUUUCUGUGGGGAUUUCACUUCCGAUCUGUUUCACACUCUAACAAAUGCUCAAGAUUCGGAUGCCAGUGUACUUAUUGUGGGACCAGCCAUUUUAAAGCAUAAACUACAGACCGCACAGGAUUUCAUGUUAUUGCGUGCGUGUCGGCCUCUCUAUUGUGAAUUAAUGAAAAACGUGACAAUGAAGUUGUCAACGGAAGUAUUGAACAAAAGAGAGCUUGUAGAUAUGGUUCAUUUUAUGGGUGGGAGCGUCCGAAAAGAUACCGUGCAACGAACGAAUGUUUUUAUCGCGGCAAAGGUGGAAGGGAAAGUUCAGUCGAUGACACUGGUUGGAGUCCCGACAUUGCGGGCUGAUUGGAUAACAGAGUGCUGGAAGAACCGGGACGAUCCCUACUUUGACGUUUUUGAACAGGAUUUCAUUGAUAAGCAUAGUCUCGGAGUUUUCGAAGGUCUCCGCCUAUACUUCCAUGGUUUCAAAAAGGAUGAGAUCGACGAUAUGAAGAUUAAUUUCAACAAUACAAAGGGAACACUCGUUGAUGAUCCGUCAAAAGCUACUCACGUAGUCUAUAAUACAAUAAAUGACGACAUCGAGCCAUUACCGGUUGCUUCAAAUCGAGUACACGUUACUCAGGAGUGGUUCUGGGUAAGCCUGCAUCGAGGUUGCUGUGCGUUGGAAGACAAUUUUGCACUUCCAACUGGAAGUCUUCUCCGAAAAUCACUUGACUACAGGGAUAUCAAUAGUCCACUCGGAAUAUCUUCUCGUUCGAACAAUUCGAGAUCUUUGUCAUCGAUGCGAGACUGCAGUGGAGAGGGACCGUCUUCGAACAUGACGCCUGAUUACGUAUACUCAAACGAUGAUGAAGAAAACAUAUGCAAGUCACCACGUCAGCCCUCAAAACGACUACGAGUGUGCAUGGAAAUGGUGGAAACAGAGAAGAACUAUGUGGAUCUGUUGAAGCUUGUUGUCAAGUUCAAACAGGCACUGGAAACGGAGAUUUCGCAGAAUGAGUUCAUGAGAAGAACAGACGUUGCGAUGAUCUUUGGAAGGUUUGACCCGAUUCUUGAGCUCCACGAGAAAAUUUGCGAGAGGCUGACUACGGUUUUAAAUGAGGCAAACAAUCUUCUCUCUGCUGCAAAUGGGAGUAAAAACGAUGAUAGAAACCUCGACUUUUCUCAAGUUUGGAUUGAUGCGAAAGAAGAAAUGAAGAGAGCAUAUCCACAAUAUCUGAACUCUUUCGAUAACAUCAGAGGAUUGUUCGAUAAACACGACAAGGAGAACUCGAAGUUUCACACUUUUUGUAAAGCGAAAGAAAGCAGUCCCGACUUCCACCGAUUGAAACUGGCUGAUUUAAUGAUCAAACCAGUUCAACGUCUGCCGAGUGUUGUUCUUCUCCUCAAUGAGAUGGCAAAGAAAUCCGAUUCGAAGCUGAAGAGUACAGCUGAGCUGGCAUCGAAGGCCAUUGAUGAGGUCCUCAAGACCGCAAACAAAAUUCUUGAAAAGAACGACAACCUUAUCUGCCACUUCAGCAAGUUCACAGACAUUGAGAGUAUUCCGCCGAUCCUGGUUGCCGCCAACAGAAUGUUCAUUCGUGAGCUUGUUGUUUCGCCAAUUGCCAGCACAUCGUCACGACUGAGUCAAUUUCCUAAAAUGAAGCUCUUUUUGUUUCAUGAUGUGCUAGUUAUCACCAAAGUUCGAAGUGAGAAGAAUGCAAUGCAGAGGUUCGCUAGACAUGCAUCUUUUGUCAGUCUUCAAGCAAAAAAAAGAAGACCGUAUAAAUAUAUUGAUCAUAUACAACUGACUACAAUGCGCAGUGCAUUUCGGAUUCGAGCAUCGGACGAUGUUUCCAAAUUCCUCGAAGCACGAAGUCAUGUUCACGACAUAUUCGUGUGGUGUUUGAUCCAUCGUGAUGAGCAGGGAGGUGAUACUGAAACAGUAUUCGAAUCGACGGAUAGCAAAGAAGUUCGAGAUUUUCUCGACGACAUUCAUUUGAAAAUUAUGAUCAAUUGCGGAAGAGACUUCUUCCUUCCUGAUCUAUUCGAAGUCAAUGAUCUUAAUGAUGCCCAGGUGGCUGAUUUGACAAAUCGAUUUUUCAGAAGACUUUGUGGAUCAAAAGUUCAGAAUGGACACGGCAGUCAAAUGAGCAUUACGGAAUUGUCGCACAACGAGACGGUGAUGGGACCACCAAAACUACAGAGCCGAAUGAGAAGAGCUCUCAGUAACGCUCAGAUAACAAUAACCAGCACUCUUGGAUUUGGCAGAAAUCGGAAUAAUUUUACACGAAUCAACGAAAAUGCAUCUUUCAUGACUUCACCUCGAGUUUCUUGUGAUCCAGCUGCUUUGGCCAAGGUGACAUCUAUCGGAAUGCCUGGAGAAAACAGUGCUUCAACUCCAAAACGUGGACACCGCGCUCCACUCACUUCGGCUACAUUCAAUCGAACUGGAGCUCAUGGAAGAAGCAGACAGACAUACGUAUUAUCUCACUCGGAGCAGGAACCGCCUCGCUCAUGA